AUGGAAGAAUAUAUUUUACAGGAAAGGACUAAGAAAGAAAAAAAACCUUUCAAAUAUCGUAAAGUUCCCACACGUUUUCCAUUCUUAUUGAUGAUUCGAUAUUCGCCUUCACCCGCAUCCAACUUGGGCUUAUCAAAUGUGAUUUCAUACGAAGUGCAGUUUAUUGUUUUUAUCCAUGUGGCAUCUGUUUUGGAAUAUGCUUUCACCUCUCCUUGGCACAUAUGGGAAAUGUUCUUCGAUUUAAUAGAUGCAAUGAAUAGAGAUUUAUAA